AUGAGUAUACUUGUUUGGAACUGCCGAAGGCUUGGGAACCCUCGGACAGUUAGUGUCCUUAGAAACUUAACUAAGGACAAGUGGCCCAACUUAGUCUUCCUUAUGGAAACUAAGAGCAGAAAAUCGAGACUUGAAGAGUUUAGAAGAAGUUUGAAGUUGGAGGGUUGUUUUGCUGUGGACUGUGUAGGAAUGAGUGGAGGCAUUGCAUUACUGUGGAGGGAAACUUGGCAGGUCAAAAUAAUCAACUACACAAGAUGGCAUAUUAGUGCACUAAUUCAAGAAGGUGAUCUUGGACCAACUUGGCAAUUCACCGGCUUCUAUGGACACCCUGAAUCGGCUAAGAGGAAUAGUAACUGGCAACUGUUGCAAAUGCUAAAACCCCCUAACCCCAUGGCCUGGCUCUGUGCAGGUGACUUUAAUGAGAUAUUGCACCAAAAGGAAAAGGUGGGAGAAGCAAGUAGGCCUUAUCGACAAAUUGAAACUUUCAGAAGAGCUAUAGAUUACUGUGGUCUUAAUGACAUCCAUUCACAGGGACUGAGGUUCACGUGGUCCAGCAAUAGAGGUGGAAAAGCUUUCAUUAAGGAAAUGAUUGAUAGAGCAUUUGCUAAUAAGGAAUGGAGUGACCUUUUCAAGAGUGGCUCGAGCACUACACUUCCAGCAAUUCAAUCUGACCACUCCCCUCUAGUAAUUGAAAAGCACACAAAGGGCCUUAAGGGAAAGAAAAGAGGAAACUGUUUCAGAUAUGAAGUGGCCUGGGAAAUGAGAGAAGACUAUUUGAAGACAAUAGCCAAGGCCUGGAGGAAGGAUGGAGGAGGAGAAACAAAGGUAAAACAGUUAAGGCAGAAACUUGGUAUUUGUCAAAGAGACCUGCAGAACUGGAACAACAAGAGGCAACAGGAACGCCACCAGCAAUCAACAAAGGAAUGGCAAGACUUGGUUACCUCCAAGAAACUGGCACGGCCUUCUAACUUUGAUGAGUGUUUAAGUGCCAUGGAUACUAAGCUAGCAGGGGAUAUGAAGACCUGGCUUAUGAUUCCCUUCAAUAGAGAGGAGAUCAGAGCUGCUGUUGUACAAAUGAACCCAUUGGGGUCUCCUGGCCCCGGUGGUUUUCCAGCCCAUUUUUACCAAAAACACUGGGAAGUAGUGAGUGAAGAUGUGUACAAGCUAGCCCUCCAAACCCUUAAUCAUGGUGGUUCCAUUUCUGAGUUAAAUGACACACUCAUUACUCUAAUUCCCAAAGUCAAGAGCCCUAAAAGAGUUACUGAUUUUAGACCCAUCAGUCUCUCUCUUACCUGUCUCCUCAAUAGAGCCGAGCUUUGUGGUAACCUCACACCUGUCCCAAUUGGAAGAGGACCUGUCACUGUGAACCACAUUUUCUUUACAGAUGAUAGCCUCUUAUUCUUCAAAGCAGCUCCUGAGGAACUCAGCUGUGUUUUGAACAAGGAAAAAUCAUCUAUCUUCUUUAGCAAGAAUACAAGCCAGUCAACACAGAUUCAGUUAUUGCAAGUAGCAGGGAUUAAAUCUUCUGGGACCUUUGAAAGGUAUCUGGGCCUUCCUGCAUUGGUGGGCAGAUCAAAAGUAGCCACAUUCCACUCCCUCAUAGACAGAACCUGGGCUCGUAUAGCCAACUGGAAGACAAAGCACCUUUCUGCAGCUGGGAAAGAGGUUCUUCUAAAAGCAGUCUUGCAAGCCAUCCCUACUUACACCAUAGGGAUGUUUCUUCUUCCUUUGUCCAUCUCUAACAAGCUGAAUCAAAUGCUCAGAAAGUUCUGGUGGGGAUUUGAUGAGGAGACCUCAAAAAUACAAUGGGUCAAUUGGGACAAGAUCAGCACUGAAAAGGGCUCAGGAGGCCUUGGCUUCAGAGAUUUGAGGCUAUUCAAUUUAGCUUUACUUUCCAAACAAGGGUGGCGUAUUAUACAAAAUCCAUCCUCCUUGAUGGCCAAGGUUCUUAAGCAGAAGUAUUUCAGUAGAGUGGAUUUCACAGAAGCACAGAUGGGAUCAAGGCCUUCCUUUGUAUGGAGAAGCAUCAAGGCUGGAGCAAAUCUGUUAAAGAAGGGUCUCAUGUGGAGGAUUGGGAAUGGAUCCAAAGUGAAUAUAUGGUCUGACAGAUGGUUACCUCAUUCACAUAAUCACAUGGUACUAUCAACCCGAGAUGAAGACUGUUGGUGUGAAAAAGUCAGUGACCCCAUAGAUCCCCAAAGACUGGAAUGGGAAGACUCUCUUCUCCAUGAAUUAUUCAACCAACACGAAGUUGAGAACAUUAAAACCAUACCUUUAAGUAAAGGGGGAAGGGAAGACAGGUUGGUGUGGGAAUUUACCAACAAUGGCUUAUACACAGUUAAGAGUGGAUACCAUUUCAUUAAAGAGCUAGACAGAGAAAUGGAAGGGGAGACAUCAGAUAGAAACAAGAAUAAGCUGUUUUGGAAGGCCAUCUGGAAAUUGGAUACAACUCCCCAAACAAAGAUGUUCUUAUGGAGGCAGAAACCUCAGGACAUGCUCCAUGGGGGUGUAGUGCAGCCACAAAUGUGUGGAAUCAAGGGGGAAAAAAGGUGCAAAAGAUGUCUCAUCACAGUGACUUCUUCUUCGAUAUGUGGUUCUUUAUGGCAGCUUCCUUAG